CGUCACGCAGCGAUUCGCCCCGCCCAUAUGUACGUAACACGCAUGCGCAUUGCGCCCGCACAGAAUCCACACAAGCGCAGAUAUGGCGGAUCUGUCUCUGGAUGAAGUGAUUCGUCGCCGCAGUUUUACCGCGAGAGGAGUCAGUAAGAGGCCCAUAUAUGGCAGAGGGGCGGGGUCAGUGGGCAGAGCCUUCGACGCCCGUCAGAAGAUUGGCAGCGGUGAUGUCAGGCAGCGGCUGGGAGUGGGCGGAGCUACAGGAGCGUUUCAGGUGAAGGACGCGAGAGAGAAGCUGGGACAGAAAGACGCUCGGUUCCGGAUCCGGGGUCGAGGGGCCGGCGGCUCCAGCGCGGUGCAGGACGCACGACAGCUGAUCAACUCACGCAAACAGCAGCAGACGCCUCUGAGCGCCACGGUUCAGCAGACGCCCGUCAAACCCGUGGGGAUCCCUCACGUCCAGAUCCACAACACCGGCCCCGUCUCUGCCGGCCCCCGGCCUCAGAACGCCAGAACGGGUGUGGCCCUGCAGCCAGGAGGCGGGAUCACAAAAGUAGUGGACGCACGCGAUAGGCUGAGCUUGAAAAGGAGCGUCCCGACGGCGUCCAAUCAGAGCGCGGCGUCUCUGAAGAUCACCAAAACCAUCCAGCAGAGGCCUGUGGGAAUGACCAGCGGGAUCCGCAUCAAUGUUCCGAGUGGAGCCGCUCCGACCGCGUCCACUGCUGCUGAUGAAGAUGAUGGAGCUGUGAUUCCCAACAAACAGAUGAAGAUCACUACAGCCAACACCCUGCAGACACGAGCGGGGCCUGUCUCUCUGUCGACUCCCAUCACUAAGGUGGUGAAGAACGACUCUUACACUCCUCCAUCAGUCUCAGUGCCGCCCGCUCGCCCCGCCCGCCCCCCCACACAGACCCUACAGCCCGUCUCCAGGACGACCGUCACCACGCAACAGACGAGCGGAGACACCAGCGGCCCGACACACACACCUACACAGCCUGUGUUCAGUCCUCUGGAGGGCACAAAGAUCACAGUCAACAACCUUCAUCCUCGAGUGACGGAGGAGGAUAUAGUGGAGCUGUUCUGCGUGUGCGGUGCGCUGAAGCGGGCGCGGCUGCUCAAAGUGGGCGUGGCUGAGGUGGUGUUUGUACGUAAGGAGGAUGCAGUCAACGCCUACAGGAAGUACAACAACCGCUGCUUGGAUGGUCAGCCGAUGAAGUGUAAUCUGCACAUGCAGGGCAGUGUGAUCACGUCAGAGCAGCCCAUCCUCCUGAGGCUGAGCGACACGCCGGGCGCUGCGGCACAGAAGGACUCGUCGUCGUUGCGCUCGGGCAGUAAGUCGUCGUCGGGGCCGGAGGUGGAUCCGCAGACCAUCCUGAAGGCUCUGUUCAAAUCCUCCAGCCAGACCGGCGGCGGCGGCGGCGGCGGCUCCAGCGGCGGAGAGACGAGCGGCCCUCACGCCACCGCCUUCCGCAUCAAGAUCUGACGCUCGCGCCGCCCGUGUUUUUAUGAGCGGAGCUCCGGCGAUCGUCCCGCUCCACCGUUCUUCACGAUCACCGGCUCCCGUUUCUGUUCGCUUUUAACGCGUUUCUGUGAAUCUGCUUUCUCUUUUCUUCAGUAAAGAUCUUGCUUUAUAA